UUGUUCACGCACGGAGUCGCCGGGGCGCGCACAGAGGCGGGUGCGGGCAUGAGCCGGCGCGCGCACGCGCCUGGAGUGACGCUAAGAACAGGCGAGUCGGGAGGAUCGGGUGGGUAGAGUGGCGCGACCCGGCUGUUUGGUGGGCGGUACAUAGGGCCGCUCUGGGCACGAGGCGCCCAUCUCACUGGCCCGCUCGGUUCUAGGAGCAGAUCCGGGGCAGAGGGAGGAGAGCUCCGGGUCAGGGGCCGCCGCCGUCGUCGUCGGGGAGUCAGCCCGCCCGCCCGCCGUGCUUCGCCGGCCCUGCGGUCCUGAUCAGAUCAAAGUCGUCUGGCUUGUUCUCUAAAACUGGUGAGCUGCAGGUGAUAUCUCAGGUUUCUUCAGGAUGCCUGCAGCACUUGUGGAGAACAGCCAGGUUAUCUGCGAGGUGUGGGCCAGCAAUUUAGAAGAAGAAAUGCGGAAGAUCCGGGAGAUUGUGCUCAGUUACAGUUACAUUGCCAUGGACACAGAAUUUCCAGGUGUUGUGGUACGACCAAUUGGUGAAUUUCGUAGUUCCAUAGAUUACCAGUAUCAGCUUCUGCGGUGCAAUGUGGACCUUUUAAAAAUCAUCCAGCUGGGCCUUACAUUCACAAACGAGAAGGGAGAAUAUCCUUCUGGAAUCAACACCUGGCAGUUCAACUUCAAGUUUAACCUUACAGAGGACAUGUACUCCCAGGAUUCCAUCGAUCUACUUGCUAACUCAGGACUACAGUUCCAGAAGCAUGAAGAGGAAGGCAUCGACACAUUGCACUUUGCAGAGCUGCUUAUGACCUCUGGAGUGGUUCUCUGUGACAACGUCAAAUGGCUUUCGUUUCACAGUGGCUAUGAUUUUGGCUACAUGGUAAAGUUGCUUACAGAUUCACGUUUGCCAGAAGAGGAGCAUGAAUUCUUUCAUAUUCUGAACCUUUUCUUCCCAUCCAUUUAUGAUGUGAAAUACCUGAUGAAGAGUUGCAAAAAUCUGAAGGGAGGCCUUCAGGAAGUGGCAGAUCAGCUGGAUUUGCAGAGAAUUGGAAGGCAGCACCAGGCAGGCUCUGACUCCCUGCUGACGGGCAUGGCCUUUUUCAGGAUGAAGGAGUUGUUCUUUGAGGACAGCAUUGAUGAUGCCAAGUACUGUGGGCGGCUCUAUGGCUUGGGCACGGGAGUCGCCCAGAAGCAGAAUGAGGAUGUGGACUCUGCCCAGGAGAAGAUGAGCAUCCUGGCGAUCAUCAACAACAUGCAGCAGUGACGGCGGCGGUGUGUGGCCUGGUCCCUGUGUGGUGCUCACGGUGCUGAUUGGACUUGCCUUCUUCCCAAGGGAACCGUUUCUGAGCAAACUGCCUGCCGUCUGCACUGCGCAGAAAGACUUUUGUUUUACUGAAGACAAAAGGUUUUAUUUUAGACCCAGAAGAGGGGUUUGCUCCGAAUUUGCAAACUGGUCUUCCCUGCCCCUCAUCCCCAAGCCUCUCUCCGUUGCCUCCGGCCACCAGCAUCCUGGCUCUUAUGACACCUUUUAAAAUAUCCAGGACAAGUCUGAAACACACUAGUAAAAUGUAUAUAACUCUUACCUGUUGUCCUUCUUCUUCUUUUACAUUUGUUGCUAAUCUCUUUUGAUGAAGAUUCUCGCUGCGAGUCCCAGCUGAGCCGAGUGUCCCAGGAGCAGUGGAACAGCGUGGUGUCCUUGUGUCAUGGGCUCUAGACGCUGAGCCUCCCUCCCUGAGGACAUCGGCCUCUCGACUCUUUUGGUAGUCUUUCUGAUGUGUUACUGUGUGGAAAUCAAUUGCUCAGUGCUGAAACUUGAAGACCAGACGAUGAAACUUUCCUUAAAAGCAAACAGUUCUACCGAAUCCAUCUACCCUUCGUUCAUGAGAAACUCCAGGAUGGGUGUUAAGCUGACCGCUGGCAUCUCUUAAAGUCUGUCCCAUUGUGCUACCAAGAUUUACUGUCAUGUAUGCAUCAUCUGAAAUUGAGUUUUCUUAUGACAAAACAUCCUGGACCUGAUCCUGAAGGGAAUGAGAAUCCCAGUCUGUUGUUUUUUCAGUAACGUGACCUCAGAUGGUCACCUGUGUCCUCCCACCUCUCAUCUGCACUUUCCCUGCCUUCCAGCAAGCCUGAGGCAUCAGGGAGACAGUCAUGUGAGCGCCAGGAGCGUGAAUCUUGAUAGUGGUUACCUGUCACCAGGGCAGCAAGAACUUGGCUGAGAGUUCUCGUGGGUAGGAAGCUCAGAACUUUUUUUUUUAAGCUAGUCAUUUAAAAAGUACACUGUAUUUUUUUGAAUGACUACAGAGAGGACACUUUCAGAAAACCAAAAACUCCUUUGGAAUGAUGGAAAUAAAAACCAGAAGUCACUGAAGUGGAUGAAUAAUCUUGCAUUUAAAAGCUAUGGAAAACAAUUUGAAAUGGUUAAGAAAUGUCAGGUAUUAUAAGCUGGUAUUUAAGAUGCCUGUAAAUAUUAUUUAUGUUUUUAAUUUUGUAAAAUAAAGAUUUUUUUAACCACUGGCA